ACAAUUCCGUAUAAACCGGAUACAGUUCGCGAGUCAUAUGACUGCUUCGCUGCGACAAAUAACAGAUAAAAUGGUGCCUAGAAUCAUCGUGUUAGUGGCAGUGCUGUGCGUGGCACAAGGCGCUAUGCUCAGAUACGAUCCUGACCUCUUUGAUUGGGAGGUUUUCAAACAAGUUCACGUCAAGAAUUACAUCACUGAACUGGAAGAAGCCCUAAGAAAAGAAAUCUUCUAUAGAAAUACCAAGGUUAUCAUACGACACAAUGAGGAGUUUGCAGCCGGCAAGCAUACCUACAACAUGGGAGUGAACAAAUACACGGACCUGGAGCACAAGGAGUUUGUUCGCCUGAUGAACGGAUACAAGGGCCAUGCGCGUAACGUCAGCAAGGCGGCCUCCGAGGGCUCCACCUACCUCAGCCCGAUGUUCGUGAAGCUACCAGACAGCGUCGACUGGAGGAAGAAGGGAGCCGUGACGCCGGUGAAGGAUCAGGGCCAGUGCGGAUCCUGCUGGUCGUUCAGCACCACCGGCUCUCUAGAGGGACAGCACUUCAGGAAGACGAAGAAACUUGUGUCCCUCAGCGAACAAAUCUCGUCGACUGCCUCGGCAAAGUACGGUAACGAGGGCUGCAACGGCGGCCUCAUGGACCAGGCUUUCAAGUACAUCAAGGACAAUGGAGGAAUCGACACCGAGGAGUCUUACCCAUAAGCCGCUCAGCAAGGGGACUGCAUGUUCAAGAAGAGCACCAUCGGCGCGAACGACACCGGCUUCGUCGACGUUACUAGCGGCGACGAGGAGAAGCUAGCGGAGGCGGUCGCCACCGUCGGCCCCGUCUCCAGUCGCUCAAUUCGACGGCCAAUGCCACCAGUCCUUCCAGUUCUACAAGAAAGGCGUCUACGUGGAGCCGGAGUGCAGCACCAGCCAGCUGGACCACGGUGUCCUGAUCGUCGGAUACGGCUCGAGCAAGGAUGGCAGCGACUACUGGAUCGUCAAGAACAGUUGGAGCACGUCCUGGGGCGACGAGGGAUACGUGAUGAUGGCGCGCAACAAGGACAAUCAGUGCGGCGUCGCGACACAGGCCAGCUACCCGCUCGUCUAACGACCGCCGCGGCGACGAUGGAUGUUCUGUUGUUUCCGAGUGACGUUCCACCGGCGCGAACUCUGGUCGGCUUUCCGUUUCCUGCGUCCAGACUGCGUCGAUGUGUAACCGUGUUACUGUGAUGUUAGCUUCGUUUUACGAAAACUUGGGUUUGUUCUCCGGUGUUCUUUUGGCAAUGUAAACUACUGUUGCUUUGUCUCUUGCGUCCAGACCGCGUCGAUGUGUGACCGUGUUUCUGUGAUGUUCGUUUCGUUCUUCGUUGUCCUCCGGUGUUCUUUUAGUAAUGUAAACUUUUGUCGUUUCCUUGUUUUGUACGUAGCGUCUUUGUACGUCCGUUUCCAAAAAAAACGUUCAAAAAAAAUCUCAACUCCAAAUGUUCUUGAUAUAUACUGUGAUGUAAACUUCUGUUGGGUUCAUUUUCUAUCUAGACUGCGUAGACUAGAAAGAAUUAAGUCGACUGCUGACGUUAUUGCCAUCUUGGUUUAUUAUGUACAAUUCAUUACAUUAUCUUGAAUAUAUAAUGUAGAUACAUCGGUUGAAUUUCCAAUAGGGAUGACGUAACACUGUGCUUUAAAUAUGUCAGCUUUCAAUGCCAUGGUUGGUUCAGGUUUUUUACCCUGCACGUUCAAACUUUGUGACAUAUAGUUGGUAUGAUGGGUUAGUAUGAUGUGAAACACAAUUUAUCUCAUUUCUGCUCAUAGAACGCUGGCGUGUAGCGAUUGUGUCUCUCUGUAGAUAGAUAGAUGCGGUUUCUGUAGGCGAUUUUCCAAGAUUUGUCAUAUUGACACUGUGUGAAGUGAGUUGACACGUGUGUAGUAGAGACGUGACAACUUGGCUGCUAUCACAUCAUUCUACAUGCUUGAUGUGAAGACGCACAUAUAAAGAAAGUUUUCAAUGGGAUGGCAUCACAAGAAUCUCCCCGUUUCAAAUCUAUUUGUGUGGCAUUUUAAUUGUUCCACUUUAUACACGUAAGAGCAUUAUAUAAGCUAGGUGUACAUUUAUGUACUGAUUGCUUCUAUUAAAUCACGCAGAAAAUAUAGCGAACAUGUCUGUACAUAUAUAACGAUUUCCUGUCGCCGCUUAUCUUUUGAUUUACCUUUUGUACACCUAAAAUAAAUCCGUAUUUCUAAUACAA